AGCUGUUAGCAUUUCACAACUUCAACUUGCCAACAUGUCACUUCUGUCCACUGUUUUCUCAGCAUUUCGCACCUCAGUUGCUCGUGCCGGCACCAGCACCGGUAUUGCACCAUCAGCACCUUCGAUGUUCAGGUACUUGACUUUCUUGUCGUUUGUGAGCAAUCACUCAAUGAGACGAGCAAAAUGUUAACAAUAGAAUCUCUCUUUAGCCGAUUAAAUCCCAUGUCCUCGCCAAUUCUUUCCCAAUGCCGUUUUGUCACUUACGGAAACACAUAUCAGCCCUCAAACCUUGUCAGAAAGCGCCGACAUGGUUUCUUGGCUCGUAUUACCAAGAAGAAUGGACGACGAGUGUUGCAACGACGCCAGUUGAAAGGUCGCAAGUACCUUACCCAUUAGAGACAAAGCAAAAUACGACCACAAUUCUAUUUUGCUUAGAAAAAACUAUGUACAAUACCA